AAAUACGUCUGUAUCUUGAAGCAAUGUAGAGAUAAAGUAUUGAGCAUUUUCGGCAACAAAACCAAGCAGAACCCGCAGGACGGAAGCGAAACGUUGAAGAUUUUGAUCCCGGAGCUGCUUUUACCCGGAUAUUCCUUCUACACCUGGCCGUCUGCUCAAGUUUUGGCGUGGUUUCUGUGGGAACGACGACUGUCCUUGCCGAACAAGCGGGUGCUGGAGCUGGGAGCUGGAACAUCCCUGCCCGGAAUAGUCGCAGCCAAGUGUGGUGCUCACGUAACACUGAGCGACUGCAGCACUCUACCGAAGACACUCCAGCACAUACAGCGGUGCUGCCGGUUGAACAGUCUUACUCCCGGGAAGGACAUCGAGGUGGUUGGAUUGACGUGGGGACUGUUUUUGGAUCAGAUCUUUCAGCUGGGGCCGAUUGACUUCAUCAUCGGAUCGGACAUUUUCUACGAUCCGUCGGUUUUCGAGGACAUCCUGGUUACGGUGUCGUUCCUGUUGGAAGCCAACCCUCAAGCGAGGUUUCUUGUUGCCUAUCAGGAACGGAGCUCGGACUGGUGCAUUGAAACGCUGCUGAAGAAGUGGGGCCUCCAGUGUAACAUCGUAGAUACGGAGCAUCUGGGAUCAGAGCUUGGCAUCGAUUCGCAAGAGUUGAUGGGCAAUCAUACCAUCCAUCUGCUGGAAGUUACGAGGCGAUCUUGA